GCUUUGCCAAAAAGUAAAAACCAACUUGAGAGGUCGUCGCUCCAAGACGCAAGUCACGCAACUAAACCUCAAAAAAACCCUGGGAGCUAGAAAAAGGGGCUGCCAUCAAAAAUCCACGAGCAAAGGAAAAUGGCAAAAGUCGAGAGAUUGGAAGAUUUCGUGGAGGUACAUGGAGUACUCUUGGCGGCUUCUGGGUUGCCGCAGAAACUUUACCAACGCCUCUUCGAUAAACUUGCUUCGGAUACUUUAGAUGGCGGCGCUCACUUUCAGAUCGAGCCCUGCGACGAUGGUCGGCGACGGAAGCUUGUUCUCACCUCCGAAUCUUUGCCUAAAGACUCUGACGUAUUCAUUAUCGAUCACGCCUGGACUUUUCGUCUUCCCGAUGCAUAUAAGCAGCUUCAGGAAAUUCCGGGAUUGGCUGAGAGGAUGGGUUCGUUGAUGUGUGUUGAUAUUGGUUUGGAGGGAAAUGCUGAAGAAGAAGAAGUCGCAGAGAAUCAUGAGGAACUCUCUGUUGAUCAGAUGAUAGAGAAUGAAACUCAUUACGCAUCAGAUAAAGGAUUUGACUCUAUAAGAUGGUUGGAGUUGGAGAGUCUGGGUAUAGAUGAUGGCUCUUUGGAUUUACUGGCCCUUAGUCUUAUUGGGAACAAAAUCGAGAGUGUGGAUUUGGUCAUACAAGAGGUUACAAAGUUUAAGAAUCUGAAGGCUUUGUGGCUGAAUGACAAUCCUGUUCUUCAAAAGAGUGAACGAAUGGCUGACGAAAUACUGCAAGGCUGUCCGAGUCUAGAAAUCUACAACUCGCGUUUUACACCUAAUUACGGUUUGUGGGCACUUGGCUUCUGUGGAGAUAUCUUUGGGAAGGAUAAUCCUGGUUGUGUUGAGCAAGAACAAUCCUUGUGCAAUAUCACCUCACUUGACCUUUCAAACCGGUCAAUAUACAAUCUGAUCAAUAAGGCAUUCUCUGUGCAGGAGAUGCCAUUACUAUCUCAACUGAAUAUCCGUGGAAACCCGUUGGAUCAAAAUUCUGUUGGGGAACUGUUUGAAGUCUUGAAGCUCUUCCCUUCGCUUUCUUCUUUAGAGGUUGACAUACCUGGACCUCUUGGAAACAGUGCUGUAGAGAUUCUUGAAUCUCUCCCAAACCUUUCUUUGUUAAAUGGCGUUGAUACAGCUAAAAUCUUAGAAAACGGAAAGCAUGUAGUUGACUCGUUGCUUCCACCACGCCUUCCUGAGCCAAAUCCGGAGGAUUGUCUUGCUGAUCGUGUUCUUGGAGCAAUGUGGUCUUAUUUGAUGACUUAUCGCCUUGCAGAUGAGGAAAAGAUUGAUGAAACUUCCUUGUGGUAUGUGAUGGAUGAAUUGGGUUCAGCUUUGGGGCAUAGCGAUGAACCCAAUUUCAGAGUGGCUCCUUUCCUUUUCAUGCCGUCCGGGAACUUAGGCUCUGCUGUGAGCUAUUCGAUAAUGUGGCCUAUCAAAACUUCUCAGAGAGGUGAUGAGUGCACUCGUGAUUUUCUCUCUGGUAUCGGGGAGGACAAACAUCGAUCUGCUAGGCUCACGGCCUGGUUUCACACUCCUGAGAACUACUUUAUUCAUGAGUUUGAGAAAUACCAACAAAAACCGAAGGCGAAAGCGCUUGCGUCUUUACCUUUGAAACCUUUUGUUUCCCGAAGCAUACGCCAUAGUGAUGGGUCUCCUUUGCUGGUACACACGGAUCUACCUCAAGUUGAAGAGUUUCUGACACGUCCAGAAUUUGUGUUGACAAAUGAACCAAAAGAGGCGGACAUUAUAUGGACGAGUAUGCAGGUAGACGAGGAGCUGAAAAAGGCGGUGGGGUUAACAGAUGACCAAUACAUAAAUCAGUUUCCCUUUGAGGCUUGUCUUGUUAUGAAGCAUCAUCUUGCAGAGACUAUUCAAAGGGCUUAUGGAUCUCCAGAAUGGUUACAACCUACCUACAAUCUCGAAACACAUCUGACUCAGUUUAUUGGGGAGUAUUGUGUACGCAAACGUGAUCAUUUGAACAAUUUGUGGAUCUUGAAACCAUGGAAUAUGGCACGGACCAUCGACACAAGUAUAACCGAUAACUUAUCUGCUAUCAUCCGAAUGAUGGAAACUGGUCCCAAGAUCUGUCAGAAAUAUAUAGAGCACCCUGCUUUGUUCAAUGGGAAGAAGUUUGAUCUGCGUUACAUUGUCCUACUCCGUAGCAUUGACCCCUUGGAGAUUUACCUGACAGAUAUUUUUUGGGUUAGGUUGUCUAACAAUCCUUAUUCAUUGGAAAAGCACAGUUUCUUUGAAUAUGAAACUCACUUCACUGUCAUGAAUUAUGGUCGGAAGUUGAAUCACAAGCCCACAUUAGAAUUUGUGAGAGAGUUUGAACAAGAACAUAACGUUAAAUGGCUGGAUAUUCAUGAGAAGGUGAAGCAAUUGAUACGUCAAGUGUUUGAGGCGGCAGCUCUCGUGCAUCCGGAGAUGCAAUCAUCCAAAUCUAGGGCUAUUUAUGGAGUAGAUGUAAUGCUAGAUAGCUCCUUCCAGCCAAAAAUCUUGGAGGUUACAUACUGUCCUGACUGCAUGAGAGCUUGCACAUACGACAUGGAAACCAUGAAUGGAAAAGGUGUUGUUAAAGGCAGAGAUUUCUUCAACUAUGUAUUCGGGUGCCUCUUCUUAGACGAGACUGAUCAUGUGACUCCUUUGUGAGCUCAAUAGCCAGAGAAGAUGGAUAGUUUAGUUCGAAACAAGAAGUAUUUUGCAUUUCCAUGUCCUUUUUUAGUUAUGCAUGAGUGUUUCUUUUGUAACCUUUCCCCUUGUGGGUGUUUGCUGAUGGAAAUGCAAUUCUUCGUUACCAGCGCCAUUGUUGAAAUUGGAACCCGAAUAUGCGUUUCGCAACUAAGUGGGGUUGAUGCAAUCAAAUUAUUAAAUUUAUUUAGUACGUUCAAUGUUUCUCGGUUA